GGGCAUUUAGACACGAAACCUUAGCUAUUGCAAACCCGACUAGCACCGGUAUCUCCCGCAUAGCACGCUAUAGUGUCUAGGAUGUAAUAUAUCCUUUCUGCCGUUGAAGGAACGGUGGAGUAGUUAUGUAGUAGUGGCUAGGCAGUGUGCUAUAUCCGGUACGAACCAUUCUGCUUCAGUAUGUUCUAGACAGACUCUGCUAUCCUGCAUAUUCGAAAUCCGAGCGCGAUAUUAUUAAAUAUCAUCACCAUGGCGACACCAGCAGCAAAUGCAGCGGCAGUUGCCUCAUUCAUCAACACAAACCACGCUGAUACGUACGAGUAUAUCGCCCCAAAGAAAUUAGAUCUCAGUGGAAAAUCGGUCUUCAUCACUGGAGCUUCCAAGGGCGUUGGGAGGGAGACAGCACUUAGCUAUGCUAAGGCCGGCGCCUCCGGAAUCAUUAUCGGGGCUCGGUCGGACUUGUCAAGUUUAGUGACCGAAAUUAAAGAAGCAGCGAAAAAAGCCGGUCGCAAGACCGAACCGACGGUCCUCACCCUGAAGCUCGAUGUCGCGUCAGAAGACAGCGUUAAGGCUGCCGCAGACGCUGUUUCGGCCAAAUUCGGAGGAAAGCUGGAUAUCUUAAUUAACAACGCCGGGUAUCUCGAGGAUUGGGCGCCCAUUGCCGAAGCGAGCACGUAUCACUGGUGGUACACAUAUGAAGUCAACGUGAAGGGAGUCUUCCUAUGCAGCAAAUAUUUCAUCCCGCUGCUCCUCGCAAGCGAGACCAAGACCAACAUCCUCACAUCGAGCGUGGGCGCCAUUGCGGUUCUUCCUACCGCCUCGGCCUAUCAAUCUACCAAGCUUGCUGUUAGCCGACUUGCGGAAUACAUAGCAGCCGAGUACGCGGACCAAGGCCUAGUCUGCUACUCCAUCCAUCCCGGCGGCAUCAAGACGGACCUGGCGAUUAACAUGCCCCAGGACCUACAAGAUAGGUUCUUGACUGACGAAUUAGCGCUUCCGGCAGAUACGCUUGCAUGGCUGGGAGCUGAGAGGCGACCUUGGAUGAAUGGAAGAUUUAUCAAUGCCAAGUGGGAUAUGAAAGAGCUCGAAGCUAAAAAGGACGAGAUAGUUGAGGGAGAUUUGUUGAAGUUUAGGUUGACGACUUCGGCUUAAUUUCUUUACUUCUGAUGAAGCCACUUCUGAUGAAGGGGUAGAAUGAUGUUGAUUAGGUACAUAGGUUAAGUUGAUAG